AUGGCAUCGCAAAGCUACUCGCGGAGUCGCUGGAUCGAUCGCAUCCAUCUUCCAGGCAUCUCCGUGGCUGUCCUACACCUCGGAGUGCCUGGUGGCUCUGUGGUUCUCGCUGGGGAAGGCUCGGGCUUAUUCAUGCGCUUCGCGCUACCGGACUGGGGGUCUUGCGAGGCCAAGGUCGGCGACAUACGGGUCCUAGCCGCCGUGGACCCGACGGAGGUGGCAACCUUCACCCUGGAGGAGGUCGGGUUAGCGUGUUUGCGAGUCAAUCACACACGACUGGACGCCUGCAGGACGCCGAUCUCCGCAGCACGGGCGGGCGACGGAAUGCGUCAGGACAACAGCUGA